AAGGAUGUAGUCUUUGCUGAAAAGUGGGUUUCCCUUCUUCAAUGCACUGCAUUUAGUUUUUAAGAGUAUACAAGCAAGGGGAGGAAGAGAGGAUUUAUACUGGCUAGCCUCUGAUGUUUACUGUUCCUUUUGUCUAACUUUCUGUGACUUAUCAUCAUUCGGUCAGUUUUUCUUCUUGGCUUCCCCAUAUUCAUGGAGCACAUCUGAACAAAUUUGGGUCUGUGGAGAAGCAUGCAGAUGAGUUGAGAUGAGUAUGGCUUUCCUAGCUUACCCAGUUCAGCGUAUGCAUUUAAUCCAGGUAGACUCUGUUCAACGGUGGAUGGAAGACUUGAAGCUCAUGACGGAUUGUGAAUGCAUGUGUAUUCUUCAGUCGAAACCAAUCAGCCUAGAAGAAGAUGCCCAAAGUGAAUUUUCUCUGUCAUCAGAACACAGCGCUUGUGAUAACUUGCAGUUGUUGCUGAAAAGAGCUUGGAUUAUAAGCACUGAGCUAACCAGGAUCGUUCAAAAACUAGAGAAGAACAGGUGGCAGAGGGUCCACAGCAUGACAGUAAGAGUCAACUGCCACGUCCGUUCAAUGAUAAAUGAAUACAAUACAUUCAAGAGGAAUUCUUGGGAAGAAAUGCAUCAGUAUGAAAAAAUGCUAGUGGAAAAAUGUUCUGAACUUACAACAGUUACUGAAAGGUGCAUCCAGAUUGAAGAUGAGCAGAUAUUAAAGUCUAUGAAAUCUUGCAUUAAUGAUGCUCUAACCACAGUUGCACAGUAUUUUGGCCAAUUGAUAGAACUAGCUUUAACACAUGAAAUAAAGAACCUGGUGAGAGAAAUAGACACAUCAGAUAAUCUGUAUUCUGCUGAGUCAGCUACCAGCAACUUGUUCAGUCUUACCCAGGAAGGCUCUCACUUGUGCCGCAUCAUUGCUAAGGAAGGGGGCAUUGUUGCUCUUUUUAAGAUCUGCCGUCAAGAUUGCUUCAGGUGCCUAUAUCCUCAGACACUCAGGACAUUGGCAUCUGUUUGCUGUGUGGAGGAAGGAAUCGAACAGCUGGAAAAGGUUGAUGGAAUAUUAUGCUUAGCUGACAUCCUUACGGACAAUACUCAUUCCCAAGCUACGCAUGCAGAGGCAGCAGCAGUAAUAGCUCAGAUUACAUCUCCUCAACUCACCAUCACCCAUCAUCUCAGCAGUUUCCUGGAGAACAUGGAAGAGAUUGUCACAGCCCUUCUUAAACUGUGCCAAGAGGCCACCUCUGGAGAGGUUUUCCUGCUGGCUUCAGCUGCACUUGCCAACAUUACUUUUUUUGAUACAAUAGCAUGUGAGAUGUUGCUUCAGCUGGAUGCAAUGAAUAUUCUCAUAUCAGCUUGUGGUGACAAACAGAGAGUGGAUAGUCCCUAUUCCCGAGAUCAGGUUGUGACGAUAUUAGCAAACAUGUCUGUCCUGGACCAGUGUGCCUCAGAAAUAAUCCAAGGAAAUGGUGUUCAAGUUUUAAUGGAAAUGCUGUUUGAGAAAUCGUCAUCUGGGAAUUCACCAGAAGUAGCUGCUUGCGAACGAGUUCAGCAAAAAGCCGCGGUUACGCUCGCCCGGCUGAGUCGUGAUCCCGAAGUGGCACAUUCAGCCAUAAACCUUAGUUGUAUUCCACGCCUCAUAGAACUUUGCAGGUCUCCUACCAAAAGAAAUAACAGUGAUUCUGUUCUUGUUGCAUGUUUGGCAGCCUUGCGGCGACUUGCUGUUAUCAGCCCUGAUGGCCUUCAAGAGUCAGAUUUCCAGCAGUUGGUCAAGCCCAGGCUUGUGGAUUCCUUCCUGCUCUGUACCAACAUGGAAGAAAGCUUUGUAUGAACAAACCACAAAUAUAACCCAUAAUAGGAAAUAGUGUUACAUAGGGCAAUGUAGCUAAAAUGUUAUUUAUGAUUAAUUUAUUUCAAGUGCUAAAAAUGAGCAUAGGGAAGAAAUGAGGCCAUUAGGCACAUAAAAGAGACCUGCUGGGUCAGACGAAAGAUCUGUCUAGUCCAGUAUCCUGUUCUUGCAGUGGCCAACCAGAUGCCUGCGAGAAGCCGGCAAGGAGGCACAAGUACAACAGCCCUUUCCCCAUUUGUAAACUGGUAUUCCAAGGCAUCCUGCCUCCAAUAUCAGAGGUAGUUCCCACUGAGAUCCUUAGGUUCCAUAAAUUUGUCUAACCUCUUGUGGGAGCAGAUUUCAUACUUCAGCUACCCCAUUCACAUUACUUGGAUAAGCCAAGGUAUUAUGAGAGAGGGAAAGAAACAUCUCUCUAUCCACUUCCUCUACACCUCACAUAAUUUAAUGCACUCCGAUCAUGCCUCUCUUUUCUCACCUCCGCCCCCCCCACACAACUGAGAAGGCUCCAGAUGUUGAAUUGCGUCAUAGGGGAGUUGUUCCAGCUCCUUAAUUAUUUGCUUGCCCUUUUCUGCACCUUCUACAUCAGCAGCCGUUGACCAGAUUAGCCUCCCCCCACUACCUGUUUUCCUCAAGUUUAUUGCUCACCUGCCCCACAACUGCUGUCAUAUACGGGACAAGAAAAGGUGUGGUCGCAAAGGAGCAAUGGGGGAGCCUUACAGGGCACUUCCAAUUGCCCCUUGGCAAGUACGGGUUGUACCAGGCACAUUUUCAGUUUACACCGGAGGUAAUACAUAGCCAUCAUGGCUACUAGCCUUAUCCUCCAUGAUUUUGCCAUUUCUGCUCAGGGAAGGAGAUCAGCAUCGAGUUAUACAGAGUGCUCUUCUCUCUCACACACACCCUUGAUUUGUUCAGCAGUAUGCAGGUCAUUGCACAGAAUAGGGGGUCAGUGUAUGCCUCCAAUACACAGUCAGUUUCCUCUUCCCAGAAGGGAUCCUAGCCAUCAAGUUAUUAAGGAUCUGAACUUUGGCUGGAUGGGAAGUUAGCCCACAGUAGGACCACAUAGUGCUGGAUAAGUAUGCAGACACAUGUAGGGGGAUAUAAGUUAGUUGUUGAUGUGUAGUGAGUAGCUGUUUUAUAUUUCCCUAACUGGCAAACUACUAAUUGCACAGAAUCAUGAAAAGAAGCCCCAGCAGCUUUCCCCUCACCUUCCAAAAAUGAAAAGCAGAGUGCUUUUGAGAGUGGAGGUCAUGAUUCUCUCCCCCCCCCCCCGCGCCACCCCACAGUAGCUGUUUUUCUUUCUACCACCCAACCAUGUUCCCCUUCACCCAGUUCAAUAUGCGUGUUUAUUCUCAUAAGUGGGGAAAUGUACUCUGAGCAAUGACAGGCAGUUUAUGGGGGUGGAUUUGGAGUGGGGAAACCAGCAGGAGAAAGGGCUAAAUAACACACCUGCUCAUAAGUGAGCUGUUCUAGAGUUGCCUUUCAUUUAAAACCAUGUCAAUUGGGGUUUCUGUACAUGAGUAACACUGCAAAGCAGCAGACCAGAUAUUCAUCAUGAUGUUUUAAUAUUGAGACUGGAGUAGAAUCUUUGCCAAUAAUACAUUUGGGUUGAAAAUCUGUGGCUGCUGGUUAAAAUGUUUACCAUUUCUUUUUUAAAAAACAACAACAACAACCACAACUUUAUAUAUCUACAUUGUUAACUGAUUUAUCAAACUAUAUUAACAUAUGAAAUAGAAACAAAGAAGACUAUAAUGCAAGCUAUUGGGUGCAAUCCUGCUCUUAUUUAAGUCAGUUGCAAAAUGUGAUGAUGGAAAAUGAAAAGCUUUAUAUCCAAAGGUAAAUGUUAACAUACAUUUCGUUAGAAAAUGAAGGAUCAGUCAUGCUGUAUACAAAUGUGAUUCUUUGAGCGCAGUGAUGACUAAAUGCUGGUAAAGUUAUUUGCGAGAACAAGUGCUGUACUGAAAAUUUCUUCCACUUCUUUUUCAACCUAUUCCCCAUCAUUUAAUAAGAAAAGAAACUUUGACUUCAGUAGAACUGUGUGUAGACUUAAAUUACGAAUCUAAAGCCACAUCUGUGCUAUACAGUUAAAGCAGUACAAUACCACUUUAAACAAUCUUGGCUUCCCACAAAUAAUCCUGAGAAGGGAAGUUUUUUUUUAAAGGAUGUUGAGAGUUGUUAGGAGGAUUCCUAUUCCCCUCGCAGUUAUACUCUCAGAGUUCCCUGGGAAAAGGGAUUGAUGGUUAAACCACUCUGAGAGUUGUAGAUCUUUGAAAGGAAUAGGGGAUCUCCCAGCAAAUAUGAGAAUCCUUAACAGACUAGACUUUCCAGGAUUGUUUGAGGGAAGCCAUGAUCAUUUCAAGUGGCAUGAUUGGUACAGCUUUAAAGUAGUGGAUGGGGCCUUAGAUGCCUAUCCUGUAUUCAGCAUCUCUGAGGCCAGUGGGAAUUAUGCGUGCAUAAGUGGGAGAACUAUUGCAACCUCAGUGUUUAGAAGAAUUGGUGGCAAAGUGCCAGGCACUUAGUUAGGCUCUUGUUUUCUGAGUGGCAGACUUGCCAGAAACAUUCUCAUAUCGGCGAUUUCCUGUCACGUUAUGGGAAAUGCUUUAGGCAUGUAUUUAAGCACUGAUCAAGCCUGGCCUAAACGGGCAUGAUAGAGAGUCUUCUGCACGUACUGGCAUGUGUGUUGAAUAUGGGAAUUGUAAAAUCAUGUUUACUUCAAAAAUGAUUAUAAUAAUAAUAACAACAAUAAUUUGCUCUGACAUAUAUUUGCAUCCACCAAUUCUACUAUUUAUAUUUGUUUUUGUCUCCAAUAUUAUUAAAGAUGAUUUGCAUUGAGAAUCCUUGGUCAAAUACUCAUUUGAAGUAAAUCUUUUUUUAACAUACAAAGUGGAAUCAAGGAGAUGGUACAUCAGUAGUCCAAUUCUGACUCUCUUCUGACAGUUUAAAUAAGUGUAAAAUGUUCUCUUGUUCCUGAACAGGUUUGUCUGGAGUCAAGUCUCAAUGUUUUAAAAGAGCUUUAUUCCACGAGCCAAGCUGUUUCGAUUAUAUUAAUGCACAAUACAGAGGGAAUGAAUAUAUUGAUAUAUGCACUGCAAUCUUUGAGUAAUGAGAGAUUUCACAGGUCUUGCACAUCUCUUGGGUUUAGUUUCCUUGGGGUGAGGGUCACUGGAGACUGAUUGUGUUUCUGUGAUGUCAGCAAAGCUGCUCGAAUGGUUUAUAAGCACAAGUUGAAAUUGACAGAUAAAAUAUUACAAAAACAAAUGCAUUAGCAGCACAAUCCUAUACCUGUCUACUCAGAAGUAAAAAGCCAUGGAGAACUUAAUCCGUUCUGGAAGUCCGUUCUUAAACCGAAACCAUUCUUAAACUGAGGUGCGCUUUCCCUAAUGAGGCCUCCUGCCACCAUUGCCCUUCCACCAUUUGGCUUCUGUUCGUAGACUGAGGUAAGGUUCGCUAGCUGGAACACUACUUCCGGUUUUGCAGAGUUCUUAUACCUAAUAGUUUGUAAACAGGGUUGUUCUUAAACCAAGGUACCACUGUAGAUUUAAAAGUCUGGCAGCAAAAAUGCAUCUUUGCCUACACUGCAAGGAUAUUGAUGGAGUCACCAGACAGGCCUCUUUGGGAAGUGAAUUCCACAAAUGGAGUGGGCAGCGGGUGGGGAGGGCAACCAAGGAUGAUCUCUUUCUGGUUCCUACCCAUCUUACCUUUGAUAUUAAUUGGUGUGGGUGGCACGGCACUAUGAUAUGAGAUUUUAAAAGAUGUUUUGAUAGCAGUAGAGAGAAUAUUGUGCUUCCAUCUACCGGUAGUUAUCUCUUCCAUGAUGUAUCAUGUCUCCUACUGGCAAGACCUCUGUGUUUUGGCUCAGUAUUUCAAUGCCUCCUUAAUAAUUGCUACAGUUUUAACUAUAUCUUUUUGUAACACUCAAAGUGUUUGGCACUAAAAGGUUAUGUUCUACUGAUGGGAAACUCUAUUAGACUAGAAAAGGAAAAUGUAAGAAACUGAUUAUAUAUAGAACUGGAAUAAUGAAACUAAGAACCAAA